CGCCGUCCUCGCGCGUCAUGGGGUGGCUGUCGAAGCUGUGCCGGCGCCGCGGCGUCCUGGGCCACUCGGGCAAGGAGCUGCCGCCGUCGCCGCUUCCUGCGGCCGAGCAGCCGCCCCUGCAGCCGCUCGUCGCGGCCCCGGAGCCGCCGGUGGCCGCGCCCCCGGCCCUCGCCGCCCCCAAGGCCGCCCCCGAGGCGGACGUGGACGACGACUGCAGCACCACCACCACCUCGGGUCGCAACAAGGAUCGCGACGUCCCCGGCGGCCCCGCGGCCGGCCGAGUACAUUCCGCGAUCGUCUCCGGGGUCAACUGGGAAACGCGGAGCGUCACCGUCGAGUGGUUCGAACGGGGGGAGACCAAGGGAAAAGAGAUCGAAAUGGAGGCCAUUUUAAAUAUGAACACGCACCUAAUGGGAACAGCGCCCCAAGACGAACCUGUGAUUAACAACAAUAAAAAAGUAACCAGAUCGACGAAAGCAAACAAUCCGACAAUGUCUGUGGCAUCUAGCAAAGCACCGUACAGAUCGACGAGAAACCAGGGCAGGCCGACGAACAUCGUCCCGGCCGUGAAUGGCCACGGAGACUCUGGCAUUCCCGUACCUAACCGAGUGUGUGAGACAGUCGCUCCCACUCCGACGAACCCCUCAGCGCCACGUCACACUAUGCAGCUCUCAACAGCUCCAGUUGCCACCGCCCCUACAGGUACAGGACGUUCAGUGAAAGGAGGAGGUGGUCUUAUCGAGACAGCUGUCCAGAACCAGAACCAAAACAUUGGUCCUGCAGGAGUUGGUGGAGUUGGUGGAGCCGGCGCUGCAAACAACGCCGCCAACAACCGCCGCAGCAAUGUCGUGAAGGAAGUGGAGAGACUGAAGAAGAAUCGAGAAGAACGACGUCAACGACAAGCAGAGCUCAAAGAGGAGAAAGAAGCCCUGAUGAACCUUGAUCCUGGGAACCCUAAUUGGGAAUUCUUAGCUAUGAUUCGAGAGUACCGGAAUGCCAUUGACUUCAGACCUCUGCGAGGAUCAGAGAGUGUUGAAGAUCACCAAAUCACCGUUUGUGUGAGAAAGAGACCAUUAAAUAAAAAGGAAAUGACUCGUAAAGAAGUGGAUGUCAUAACCAUUCCUAGUAGAGAUCAGUUAGUUGUGCAUGAACCAAAAAAUAAAGUGGAUCUAACAAAAUAUCUUGAAAACGCACCCUUCAGAUUUGAUUAUGCAUUCGAUGAAUAUUGCGGCAAUGAAAUUGUUUACAAAUAUACUGCACAACCACUUGUUCAGACAAUUUUUGAGGGAGGAAUGGCAACAUGUUUUGCCUAUGGUCAGACUGGAAGUGGAAAGACCCAUACGAUGGGAGGAGACUUUCAGGGUAAAACCCAAGAUUGCAAGAAGGGUAUCUAUGCCAUGGCUGCCAAAGAUGUUUUUAAGUACCUAAAAUCUUCUAAAUAUGCUCCUUUAAACCUUGUCAUCUCUGCAAGUUUUUUUGAAAUCUAUAGUGGGAAGGUCUUUGAUCUGCUGGCAGACAAAGCUAAGCUUCGUGUGCUUGAAGAUGGCAAACAGCAGGUUCAGAUUGUGGGACUCACAGAACAAGUUGUUGGCUCAGUGGAAGAUGUUUUAAAACUGAUUCAACAUGGAAAUGCUGCACGAACAUCUGGUCAGACAUCAGCCAAUUCUAAUUCAUCUCGAUCACAUGCUGUGUUUCAAAUUGUGGCUCGUACUCCAGGAACUCAUAGAGUUCAUGGCAAGUUUUCACUUAUUGACUUGGCUGGUAAUGAGAGAGGGGCUGACACAUCAUCUGCAAACAGACAAACAAGAAUGGAAGGAGCAGAAAUCAACAAAUCCCUCCUCUCGCUCAAAGAAUGUAUUCGUGCCUUGGGUAGGAAAAAUGCUCAUUUACCUUUCAGAGCAAGUAAACUAACACAAGUUCUUAGGGAUUCCUUUAUUGGUGAAAAAUCAAAAACAUGCAUGAUUGCAAUGAUCAGUCCAGGGCUGAGCUCUUGUGAACAUUCGUUGAAUACAUUACGUUAUGCUGAUAGAGUUAAAGAAUUAGCAGCCAAUGGUCCAUCAGAAAACAAAGCAUCACCAGAACAGGAUCGAGAAUCACCAACUGCUGAAGAUGGUGGUUUAGAUGACAGUGAUCUUGCACAAUUGCGAUCACUAAAUGAGGGUGAACUUUCAGCUGAUCUCUAUAAUUUCCAUGAAGCAGUAUCCCAGUUACAAAUGAUGGAAGAUGAGGUGCUAGAUACUCACAAGUCAGUUUUGGAAGCAUCACAGCGCUGGCAUGAAAUGGACUGUCGGUUACUGGCUGACACACGUGAUGUGGACUACGAUCAGGACGCUUAUGCUUCAAAUCUUGAAGCUCUUGUGUCAGAGAAGAUAGAAACAUUGAUGCAGUUCCGCGAGAAGAUUACUGCAUUCCGUGGUCAGCUUUUGGCCGAAGAAAAGAUCAGUCAAAAAAUGAAUAGAGCCCCAAUGAACUCCCGUCAUCAUUAGUGCUGGAUUUUAUUAGCCUUUUUUUGACUUUCAAGAGUACCCUAGCUUUUGACUGGUUUAGCGUCUGAGUGAGUCAGAUUUGUUUGGAAGACUGGGUAGGGCUGCUCAUAUACCGGUGCGUUUUUCCAAUUCUUUCUCUGCUCCUCUUAAAUUUCUCUUGGUAACCAUUUUUGGCAUUGCAGUAUGCUGUGUUCUUUUAAUUGGUCCUAUUUAAUAUUAAAUCCUCUUCUAAACCCUAUCAACUCAUCAUACUUCAAUCAAUGCUAAAUAAAUUCCAGCCAUUUUCAAAAUUCCCCUCUUUUUUUUUUUUUUGGUGUUCCUUUUUUUACAAUCCCCUUUAACACAUCACUUUUUGUUUUUUAUGUGUAAUAAUAAAAUUAUGUUGAGACAGAAUCAACAAAAGAAUGGGUUGAAUCAAGAUGUUAUGGCGUUAUCUCCAGGAUUGAAUUCGUAUAUUUAUUUAUUAUGAGAUUUUAACUAUCGUACUUGCGCUGCUCUGCAUCAGAGCAAUAUUGGCUUUGUCAAGUAACCCUGUAAUCCACUGAAAGCUAAUUAAUAAGCCCUGUAUUAUUGAGGUGCAAGAUAAUGCUAGUUAUGCCUCAUUUGACUGAUUUUGGACUUAAAAAUGUAUCUCCUUGCUGUGUCAGCUCUCUGUAAAAUAAAGUUAAGGCUCAUCAAACACACCCCUUUGGAUUUGAUGCUAUUUUAUUGAAAUGGCAUUUUAGAAAUGCGUUCAUUAAAUAUUUUAAUGAGACUAAAAUAAUCUUUGUGAUGGAAUGUGAUAUAUUAGUGAACAUUGAACCUCUAUCUAUGUUAAUUUUCAUCAUUUCCUCCAAAGAUGUACGCUGUGCUUAGUGCAUAUGCUGCUUCACAACUACCUCUUAAGGUCCAUCUAUAGUUCCAAGCCUUAAACAAACAAGCAAAAUUAUCCUAAACCUGAGUUGUUAAAAUUUAUUGCAGCAGUCAGGUAACUACUCAAGUGCUGUUUUUAGUGAACUUUGAUUGGAAAGGGUAUUCUGUGCUUAUGUUAAUUUAUAAAUUGCAUGAAGUUAGUUACAUUAAUUUGUUUUUUUUAUUGUUUUUAAUACGAAGCACAAAUAAAAGAAAUUAUGAAUUCUUGAA